GUAGAGGAUUUUUUUUUUUCUAACCACACCCGGCUCUUCUCUGGAUCGAGGAUCGGCAAGCACAGACCAGAGGGUUCUCCAUCAGCUCCCAGAUGCCCGGCCCAGUGUGAGGCUGCCGGUCGAGGGGGGGAAGACGUGAGGACAGACAGACGGGAUGAGCGGGGGAGCAGAGCAAGCUGACAUCCUAAGCGUGCUCUCCCUGGUCAAGGAACGAUGGAAAGUGGUGAAGAAGAUCGGGGGUGGUGGGUUUGGGGAGAUCUACGAGGCGCUGGACCUGUUGACGCGGGUCAGCGUGGCGCUGAAGGUGGAGUCGGCCCAGCAGCCCAAACAGGUGCUGAAGAUGGAGGUCGCCGUGCUCAAGAAGCUCCAAGGUAAAGACCACGUGUGUCGCUUCGUGGGAUGCGGCCGCAACGACCGCUUCAACUACGUGGUGAUGGAGCUUCAGGGUCGUAACCUGGCCGACUUGAGGAGGAGUAUGACUCGGGGAACCUUCAGCAUCAGCACCACCCUGCGUCUGGGCCGCCAGAUCCUGGAGGCCAUAGAGAGCAUCCACUCUGUCGGCUUCCUGCAUCGUGACAUCAAACCGUCCAACUUCGCCAUGGGUCGCUUCCCCAGUACCUGUCGAACCUGCUACAUGCUGGACUUCGGUUUGGCUCGCCAGUUCACCAACUCUUGCCAGGAAGUCCGACCUCCCCGUCCAGUGGCUGGUUUCAGAGGGACGGUCCGCUACGCAUCCGUCAAUGCACACAAGAAUAAGGAAAUGGGUCGUCACGAUGACCUGUGGUCUCUCUUCUACAUGCUGGUGGAGUUUCUGGUCGGCCAGCUGCCGUGGAGGAAGAUCAAGGACAAAGAACAUGUUGGGAAGCUGAAGGAGACAUACGACCAUCGUCUGAUGCUCAAACACCUGCCGGCAGAGUUCGGUGUCUUCUUAGAACACAUCUCCAGCCUCGACUACUUCACCAAGCCUGACUACCAGCUGCUGAUGUCAGUGUUUGACAACAGCAUGAAAACCUACAAUGUUGUGGAGAAUGACCCCUACGACUGGGAGCGGACCAGCACAGAUGGCACCCUGACGAUCAGUGCCAGUGCCACGACGCCGCAACACCACACCCGCCUCACUCCGGCACACAUGGGCAUGGCGAACGCCUCCCUGAUCCCUGGCGACCUGCUGAGGGAGAAUACGGACGAGGUUCUGCAGGACGAACAGCUCAGCGAUGUGGAGAACAACCCUGCUCCCGAGCGCCUGCCGGGUUCUCCCCUCCACCCACACCGCAACCAGGAGGCUGACGUCUGGGAGGAGCUGGAUCGCAACCGUAACCGCAUCAGGACGGCAGUCUGGAAGGCGGCAACGGAGGAGGAACACAGCAACAACCAGGGCAACCAAGGACACCAGAGCCCCUACGCUGGGCCAAGCCUGGGUUCGCCUGUCAAACUGCACUCUGAGGUGGUGCCUUCAGAUCGUGACGGUCCUCUGCUGAGGAAACUCCGCAAUAUCCACAGCUUUGAGCUAGAGAGGCGGCUUGGUUUGGAAUCCAAACCCAGUCCAGAACGCUUUGUGGAUGCCUGUUCAGCAAAGCAGCAGCUUGGCACCCAGCACCAAGAGAAGGAGGCUGACGGAGCUGCGAUCAUCCCAGUAACUCAGGGUCAAGCUGUAACCGCCGGGGAGCGUCCAGAUAGGGUCUGGCACUACGAUGAGGAGUUCCUGUCUGGUGGAGGUUCUCCUAAGCCAGCUUCCCCUGGAUCUAUGGAGCAGGGAGAGGGGGCAGCCAGCAGUGGGGGCUUCGUGGCCCUCAAUUUGAGCUCUGGGAGGCAGGACAUUGACUCAAGGGAGUGGGUAAUGGUGGAGCGGCCCAGCGGCUCUCCAGGAGCCAAAGUCACCGCCAGCCCUUCGGAGGAGGAUGAGGAGCCGGAGGUGCUCCAACCAGAGGAUCAGUCUCCUGGAUGGGGAAAAGGCAGCCCAGGGCCUAGCUCUGGAAAAGCUAAGCAAGAAAGCAUGGCUUCUUCCAAGGGAAGUGCAAAAAUGGACAAGUUGGAGCUUAGCGUGGGCCCUGUAGGGGCUCUGCCACCCGUCACUCCAACCAGCCCGGCUGAAGCUCUGGCUGAGGGAGUCCUCACUCAGCUCCCCACCUCUCCUCCGUCUCUGCCCGAGGAGGUCGCGAUCCGGACAUCCAGCCCCAUCCCUCUGCGCUCUCCCAGCCCUCACACCCUCCUGACCACCCUGUCGGACCCGCUGCACCAGCGCCAGCCGCCGGGCCUGAGGCGCAGCCAGUCCGCCGACCAGCAGCAGCAGGAACGCCCCUCCUCUUCCUCCUCCUGCCACGCCUCCCUACCUCUGCCACCAAACCCCGCCCCCGGCACUCGCUCACCCAGUCGCAGGAAACUGCCGGCCAUCCCCGCUGGUGCUGCCAACACCAAGUUUCCCUCAGUCAUUCGCAUCACCCGAGCCCAGCUUCAGCAGUUGACAGCUCAGCGUCCCUCUGGGCUGUCCUCCCAGUCGGGAUCAGACAGUGCUCCGCAGUGUCUCCUGCUGGAGAGGCGUGGCGAAGCUGAAACUGAUGCUCAGCAGAUCCAGGAGCACACAGCGGACAUCAGCUCCCCCCAGGACCACGUGCCCACCCACCCGGGGACCCCAACAGACCCCCUGGCCGAGACGCUGGUCAAUGGAGACAUCCACGCCAAAGCUCAAAGCCCCGUGCCAAGCCGUGUGUCUUCCCCUCGUUCGCCGCGCUCGCCUCCACCGCGCUCGCCAUCCUCUCCACGCUCCCCUCGCUCCCCUCACAGCCCCGUGUUCACCAACGGCCGCCUCUCACCUUCUGUCAACAGCCAAAGGGAUUUAAAUAACGGAGCAUUCGGCAAGCUAAAAGACCCUGAGAAUGAUUCUGCCCCCGCUCCCUGUGCCACAGAGCCUCAGCUAAGGGGGGAGGUGGGUGGAGGAGUGAACCCGGCUCCAGAGCAGCAGACCACCGGCCCGGCCUCUUCCUCCCCCACUGGCCCCCGCAAAGAUCCCAGCCGCAGGCACAGUCGCAUCCCUGUGCUCGAGCCCUCCAGCCUGCUGGAGCUCCCUCCGCCGGGGUCUGCCAAGGAGAAACUCCUGCAGAAGAAAGCCAACCACCAGGGCCCGGUUCCCUCUCCCACUGCCUCGCCGUCCCUCUCUGACAGGCGUGGCCCCAUGGUGGCCUCCCUCGCCAGGGAUCCACUGUCCUCCACCUCCGACCGCUCUCAGGACGAGGACUCUCUGAUGGGUUCCCGCUCGGACCGCCAGGGAGACGACGCUCCGUCUCUGUCCUCCUCCUCCAGCCCUUUGUCCCGCAAGAGCAGGAUCCCUCGUCCUGUUCACUCGGCCUCUUCCGCUGAGCAGCUGGCUUCCCAAUUCCUGCCGCGCCCACCGCCUGGAAAGCCACCUUGUCGCCCCACAGUGGAGGGCAGGCUUAGGCGCUACCGCAUCCGAGCCGGCAGCACCAGUGACUCAGACCUCCUGACAUGCCUUGCUCAGCUGAUGCAUGGUUCCCGCGGCUCCCCCCUCCACCACCGCUCCUCGGCCCAGCACGGCGGCUCCAGGAUGGGCAUCUGCAGCCUGACCAGCUCCCCGCACCACCACCGCAGCUCCAGCGCCUCCCCGCGCAGCUCCUCCUCGCUGCAGCGCUCCGUCAGCUCCUCGCCCUCCCGCCACGAGCACCGGGGCGGCGGGGGAGGGGGCUGCCUGGGCCGCAGCCGCUCGCCUCCCAGCUUCUCCGGCUCGCCGCCUCCCCGCCGCUUCUACCCCCACCACCAGGAGUCCUGCUGCAGCCGCCAGGCGCGCACGGGCCCCUUCCACCUGUCCAGGGGCAAAGGCUGCAGCCGAGAGGGCAAGUGCUCCAGCAAGCUGAGCAGAUAGUCGCCCACCGGGUUAGUGUUGCCACAGCAGAGGAUGGGAAGAUUCCUGUUAUGAUAGGAUAGACGCCAGUCAGGAUAAAAGCCUGAGACAUCCUGUAUAAUCAGAAAAAUAACUUGUUCCUCAUUUAUUUGCUGUUAGUCCGAGCUUUCCACAUGUUACUGCUUCCCGAUGCUCUCUUCAGUCCAUCUACUUGCA